CAAUUUGAUGUUUCUACGGAGUUUUUAUGUUUGUAGAGUUUUAUAGACGCGAAUGUCGCGACAUCAGGCUGUAAUGUAGUGUGUACAUCACAAACCAAGACGUAUUUAACCGUGAAUAUCAACCAAAAAUAGUGAAUAACCUGCAAUCAUUAAUCGUUAUCAUUCCGGUUACAUUUCUAAAAAAAAGCGGAACCGAAACACCAUCAAAAAAUCAUCAUCAGGUUUCUCCCCCUUUUUUCUCUCAUUCAAGUUUAGUUAUAUAUUUUUGUUGUUGUGCGUGGACUAAGUGAACAGAUCUGGUAUAUUAAAUUGUACGUUUUUGUUGAUACUUUUGUUGGUGAACUUGAUUCCUGAAGGAAAAGGAGAGAAAAAAUAGAAAGGAGUUUAGAUUAAAAAAAAUUGUCAAGUCUAUUUGAGUGGGUAAAAAAAAGAGUUCAGUAAGAUGAAAAUGUGUCACGCCAGACGCCUACGACAAGACCAAAGAGGACCAACACGCGAUGUGGGCUUCAUACCAAUAAAGUUAUGUUUGCGUUAGUUGCAACAAUUGUUGCGCAUUUUCAUUAAAACAUUUCAAAUCGUUUCAAAAACAAGUACAGAACAUCCCAAAACAUUGUAUCCGGUACCUUGAAAGUUUUGUUUUUUGGGUCUACCAUGGAAGUCUCAGGGGAUGUAUUAGUUAGUGCCUCAGAAUUUAUUAAAGAUCGUCUUUAUUUUGUGACAUUGAAGACAACUGAUCAACCAAAAUCGACACAAUUUACACAUUUCUUCUCAAUAGAAGGGCAAUUAACAUACGAUAGUUUUUUCGAUGAUUUUGGGCCGUUAAACAUAUCGAUGUUGUACCACUACUGCACAAAGCUAAAUUUAAAAUUAAGCUGCGCCGCCUUGGAAAAGAAAAAAAUCGUUCACACAACGACCGACGAUUACCGGAAACGAGCGAAUGCCGCGUAUUUGAUCGGCAGCUAUGCAAUUAUUUAUUUGAAUUGGGAUGCCCAAAAAGCUUACGAUACACUCGUUGGUGACAAUCGAUAUCCGUUUAUUCAUUUCCGCGAUGCUUCAAAUGGUCCAGAUGGUUACACCAUAUCUUUAUUAGAUUGUUUGAAAGGUUUGGAGAAAGCUUUUCAUUUCGGAUUUUUUGAUUUUACUUCGUUUAAUUAUUUACAAUACGAACAUUAUGAAUGUGUUGAAAACGGCGAUUUAAACUGGAUAGUUCCCGAAAAAUUUUUAGGUUUUUGCGGUCCGCAUAAUAAAUCCCGAAACGUGAACGGAUAUCCGCUUCACUCGCCUGAAUUUUACUUUAAAUAUUUUCAACGGCACAACGUCACCACUAUAAUCCGGUUAAAUAAACGAAUUUAUGACUCAAAUAAAUUUUUAUUAGCCGGGUUUCAACAUUAUGAUCUAUAUUUCGUCGAUGGAAGUACCCCAACCGUAAAAAUUCUCAAUGAAUUUAUGAAUAUAUGCGAAAAAACGGAUGGCGCAAUUGCGGUUCAUUGUAAAGCGGGGUUAGGAAGGACCGGGACUUUAAUCGGUUGUUAUUUAAUGAAACAUUAUCAGUUUUCGUCGCACGAAGCAAUCGCUUGGAUACGAAUAUGUCGGCCGGGAUCGGUUAUCGGUCACCAACAAGAGUGGUUGGAUCGAAAACAAGAACAAAUGUGGAAAGAAGGAGAGGCGUAUCGAAGAAAACGCGGCAUUACUUCGAUGCCAAAACAUCGUUUUGGCAUUUAUAGCAAACACGCCCCGGUUGGACCUUUAGAGGGUUCUGGAAAACAAGGAAAAUUAAACGAUAAAGUUACCAGAAUAUUAAAGAAAGUUGACACAAUGCAACUUAAUGACAAUUCCGAAAAAGAAGACGAAGAAGAUGGAAUUACUCAAGGUGAUCGAUUAAAUCAAAUUAAAGCUAAAAGACAAUGUCACGUUGUUACAAAUCCAUCGGAAUGUAGAACUUUUAGGUCACAGAUGUUGGUAAAUACCGUUGAGACUACCUCGGCGAUAACAAGAGUGAGUAAAGUACUUUGUACUACAACCAAAGCACCAACCCCAUCCAUUUCUCGAGUGCUUGUAAAAAGAAACGAGGUUACGGAAACGACGUCGACGGUCGCGCGGCGUCUCAGCCAGCGUAAGGUAGCGGCGGCGUUAACUAAAACAACCAGCGGGGCUUCGUUAUUGCGGAAUGGUAAACCGAAGGUGGUGGCAAAAAAAAAUGAAAACAACGGAUGGACCAUGGAGGAAAUGGAUACUACAUGUAGCACGGGCGGAGAAAAGAAAACGGUCGUUGAUGUUAAGGUGACAAAACGCGUCAAGCGAACAUUGAAUAUGGAAAAGGAUAAAGCUACAAGUCCGCGGUCCGUCAAGGUGCAAAGAAGAUCGCAUGCAUCCAAUCCUUCAGAAUCAAAUGUUAAAAGUGGUAAGAAGAUUCAUUUACCCCUUAUGAAAGUUUCUAAGUAACAAGGAAAAUAAAAAAAAUUGUUUUUGGUGCUAAAAAAUUGUUUGUUUAUUUUGUUUAGACUUUUUUUAAGUCUUGUAAGGUGCGCGGUGUAUGGUGGUUAUUAGUGUUUUUUUACUGUUUUUAUAAAUUUCAGUUACAAUAAUACUUUAAUUUUAAAUAUGUUCUAGCAAGGGAUUUUCUUUUGCGCUUGCGCAUCUUACAAAUCCGAAAAUAACUCGAGCGUGCCUCACUUUAUAAUAAACAAUUAAAAAGGGACCCGAAUAAUAAAUAAAUUUUAAAAAAAAUUAUUCGGCACGUUAAGGCAAAAUAAAGAAUGUACUAUUAUUUUCGCAUUCGCAAAAGAAAUUAAAUCCGUUUGCUAAAACAAAAAAUUUUGUGUACAAUGUACACUAAUAAGCGUUUAAAUUAAAA